ACCAUGCAUUGUGAUAAUCAAGCAGCAAUACACAUAGCUUCCAACAGUGUGUUCCAUCAGAGGACAAAACACUUUGAGGUGGAUUGUCAUAAAGUUAGGCAAGCAGUGGAACAAAGGAUCAUCUUACCCUGCUUCACAAAAAGUGAGGAUCAACUAGCUGACAUCUUCACCAAGGCUGCAAGCACCAAGGUUUGCGAGUUCAUACAUUCCAAGUUAGGACUCGUAGAUUUUUCAUCACAUUAAUCCUCUUAGCCAUGAAGUGUUCUACUCUUUUUCCUUGGCUUGGUUUUUAUCCAAUGAGGUUUUUCCAAGCUAAAGGUUUUAAUGAGGGAAUGCUUCAUGGUUUCCAAGCUUGACCAGUCCCUAUGGUCAAGCUUUAGGGGGAGUGUGAAAAUGAAGCAAUAAGAAACAAGAUGGUUGGUUAAGGUCUCAAGACAAUGGAGAUGCCAAGCAUGCAUGGUUGGUUAAGGUCUCAAGACAAUGGAAAUGCCACUACAAGGGACAAACAUGCAUUGUUGGUUAAGGUCUCAAAACAAUGGAGAUGCCACUACAAAAGACAAGCAUGCAUGGUGGGUUAAGGUCUCAAGACAAUGGAUUAUUAGUUUAUCAUAUCUCAUCUGCCAUUUGCAAUACUUGUAACCCUAUAUAUAUGAGAUGUUCCCAUAAACAAAUCAAAACAAUCAAAUAAGAUUUUCCUUCUUUGCUCUAUCUCUCUUUUUACUUUCCGGAUUAAACCUCUCUCUCUUGUUAUUCACUAUUACCUAUGCCGUGUUUUGUUUUCCUUUGUCAACGGGUUCAUUACCAAUAGAGACAACAUUAUUUAAUUGGACAAAAGGGAAAUUCAGUGUGAGUUUUUCCCGACGUUGGUUAAGCUUGCAAUGGUAACUCUUUGGAGGCCCAUGCGUUCCUGCAACUGCUGGCUAGUUUUGCUGCUGUUAAGGAGUUUAAAGAGGAUGAGCUCUUGAAGCUGAUCCCAAUGGUUUCGCGUCGUCGCCAGGCUGCUGAGCUUUGCCGUUCUCUUGGACUCUCAGAAAAAAUGCCUGGUGUGAUUGAAGUUCUCCUGAAGAGUGGAAGGCACAUUGAUGCAGUUAACUUGGCGUUUGCAUUUGAACUCACAGAACAGUUCCCACCUGUGGAGUUACUGAAGUCUUACUUGACUGAGGCAAAGAGAUCUUCCUCCCAGGAUGAGUUCAAUGAGCGGGAGCUUACAGGUGUUAAAGCUGUGGUAAAGUGUGUCGAAGAGCAUAACCUGGAAGAGCAGUACCCAGUUGAGCCACUACACAAACGGAUUCUGGAGCUGGAAAAGGCCAAAGCAGAGAAAAAGAAAGCAACGGAACCCACAAAGCCUCAGACAAAACGACCACGUGGUGCUCAACCUCGAGUCACUGACAACAACAUCAACAAGACAGGAUAUGGUAGAGCCAUCAUCCCUGAGAGGUAUCCGCAGUAUGUGUAUGACAACAGACCGUUCCUUGCCGGUCCAAUCAUGGCAGCACAGGCUCCACCGCCUCCUCCUCAGACUUACACUUUCAACCCCGCUGCUGCUGCUCACGGGAACUUCUACGGGAACUGCUAUCAGUACCAGGCUCCUCCUCCUCCUUACUUUCAACUAAGGUGA